AAGAUUACGUUCAGGUUGUGGAAGGUAGACAAGUGUCUCAGGGUUGGGUUUUCCUGAAGCAGACGCUGAGAUGGAGUUGGGGGAACAAGAUGUUUAUUUGGGAUCAACACGGUGAACAGAAGAGGGUGGAAGCAGCAUUGGGCCGAGGAAGAAGUUGAACUGUGAUGCAGAUUUGACGUGACAGAGCCCCCACCAGCCUGUGGAGACUUCUGGAGUGACGUGGAUUCCCUGGCAGAGGUUCCGACACUGAGCGAUGACCUCACUCCUUUCAGGUGUGUUACCAGGCGCAGCUGCCCCAGGAGGGGUGUGGCCUCCGGCCGGAAGCUCUCUGCACUAAGCCUGACCAGCUGACCCCGAGGAGCUGGGCCCUGGAGCCUGUCUACCUGCAGCUGCUCUGCGGGGCUUAGCAGUGGAUCUUCCAGUCUAUCACAGUCGGAGCUGCCGUGGGGUGAGCAGCUGCUGUCCGUAGCCAAGCAUGCUGUGGUCGGCUCUGCCCAGCCGUGGAACAGAAACAUUUGCUGGAUGGAAAAUCCAUAAAAGAAAGCUCCUGUGAAAGCCUGAGACAGACGAUAACUUAAGCAAAAUCAGAUACAUUCGGGCUGCCUGACCUCAUUGAGUGAUUGCUAUUAUUUAACAAGACUUUGUGGGAAAAGGGAAAUUGCCUUCUGAGCUUUGUACCAAAGACCUGGGAAAACUUAAACAUCUCAGUCUUUCCUGAGUACUUGGAAACUGCCGGGGCCCCUGAUAAUGUGCUGACUGGUCGCUAUGGGCAGAUGGUACCCAGAGGCUCACUGUUAUCCAGGCAGCUCAUUAAUAAGAUAAUGUCAGACACUGUGUUUACUCAACGAAGUGUCGUAAAUACCUUUCUAGACCAGUAGCAACUCAGAAGUAUCUGUAGCCUGUAGUGGACUUACUUACAUGAUGUCCCAGAGGAAAGCAGUAAGAGCAGCUUUCAGAUUAUAACCUAUUUCCUGCACCAUUGCUGACGUCCAGUGACCCAUGUCAGAAGUACUUCCAGCUGACUCAGGUGUAGACACUUUGGCAGUGUUUAUGGCCAGCAGCGGAACGACAGACGUCACGAAUCGGAAUAGCCCGGCCACACCACCAAACACCCUUAAUCUCCGUUCCUCCCACAAUGAAUUGUUGAACGCUGAAAUAAAACACACAGAAACCAAGAACAGCACACCCCCCAAAUGCAGGAAAAAAUAUGCACUAACUAACAUCCAGGCGGCGAUGGGCCUCUCGGAUCCGGCUGCACAGCCCCUGCUGGGAAAUGGCUCUGCCAACAUCAAGCUGGUGAAAAAUGGAGAGAACCAGCUCCGGAAGGCUGCAGAACAAGGGCAGCAGGACCCCAACAGAAACGUCAGCCCCACUGCAGUCAUCAACAUAACUUCUGAGAAGUUAGAGGGUAAAGAGCCCCACCCACGGGAUUCCUCGGGCUGCGAGAUUUUACCCUCCCAGCCCCGAAGAACCAAGAGCUUCCUGAAUUACUAUGCAGACCUGGAAACCUCAACCAGAGAACUCGAGCAGAACUUGGGAAACCAGCAUGGGGCUGUGGAAGACAAGGCCCAGCCAAGCCAGAGCCAGGCCUCCACCGUCGCUGGGAAUGGCGACUUACUGCUGCAGAAACCAAACAGACCCCAGUUCAGCCCUGAAGAUGGCCAGAUAGCCACCGUAUCAUCCAGCCCGGAGACCAAGAAGGAUCACCCUAAAACGGGGGCCAAAACUGACUGUGCACUCCACCGGAUCCAGAACCUGGCACCGAGCGACGAGGAGUCCAGCUGGACGACCCUGUCCCAAGACAGUGCCUCCCCCAGCUCCGCAGAUGAGACAGCAGAUAUAUGGAGUGAUCACUCCUUUCAGACUGAUCCAGAUUUGCCACCUGGCUGGAAAAGAAUCAGUGACAUCGCUGGGACCUAUUAUUGGCACAUACCAACCGGGACGACUCAGUGGGAACGCCCUGUCUCCAUCCCAGCAGAUCUCCAGGGUUCUAGGAAAGGGUCCCUUAGUUCUGUAACGCCAUCUCCCACCCCAGAGAACGAGAAACAGCCAUGGAGUGAUUUUGCUGUUCUGAAUGGGGGAAAGAUUAAUAGUGACAUUUGGAAGGAUUUGCAUGCAGCCACAGUCAACCCGGACCCCAGUUUAAAAGAGUUUGAAGGAGCAACACUGCGCUAUGCAUCCUUGAAACUCAGAAAUGCCCCACAUGCUGAUGAUGAUGAUUCUUGUAGUAUCAACAGUGACCCAGAAGCUAAGUGUUUUGCUGUGCGCUCUCUGGGGUGGGUGGAAAUGGCAGAGGAGGACCUCGCCCCUGGCAAGAGUAGUGUUGCCGUCAACAACUGCAUCAGGCAGCUUUCUUACUGCAAAAAUGACAUCCGUGAUACAGUCGGCAUUUGGGGAGAGGGGAAGGACAUGUACCUGGUCCUGGAGAACGACACGCUGAGCCUGGUGGACCCCAUGGACCACAGCGCGCUCCACACGCAGCCCAUCGCCAGCAUCCGCGUGUGGGGCGUGGGCCGCGACAACGGCCGAGAUUUUGCUUAUGUAGCAAGAGACAAAGACACAAGAAUUUUGAAAUGUCAUGUAUUUCGAUGUGACACACCAGCAAAAGCCAUUGCCACAAGUCUCCACGAAAUCUGUUCCAAGAUCAUGGCCGAACGGAAGAACGCCAAAGCCCUGGCCUGCAGCUCCCUGCAGGAAAGGGCCCACGUGAACCUCGACGUGCCCCUGCAAGUAGAUUUUCCAACACCAAAGACUGAGCUGGUCCAGGAGUUCCACGUGCAGUACUUGGGCAUGCUACCUGUGGACAAACCAGUCGGAAUGGAUACCCUGAACAAUGCCAUAGAAAGUCUUAUGACCUCGUCCAGCAAGGAGGACUGGCCCUCAGUGAACAUGAAUGUGGCCGAUGCUACUGUGACUGUCAUCAGUGAGAAGAAUGAAGAGGAGAUCCUGGUGGAGUGUCGGGUGCGAUUCCUGUCCUUCAUGGGCGUCGGGAAGGAUGUGCAUACGUUUGCCUUCAUCAUGGACACUGGGAACCAGCACUUUGAGUGCCAUGUUUUCUGGUGCGAGCCUAAUGCCGGUAACGUGUCCGAGGCAGUGCAGGCUGCCUGCAUGUUACGAUACCAGAAGUGCCUGGUAGCCAGGCCGCCUUCACAGAAAGUUCGACCACCUCCUCCGCCAGCAGACUCUGUGACCAGGAGAGUCACAACCAAUGUAAAACGAGGGGUCUUAUCCCUCAUUGACACUUUGAAACAGAAACGCCCUGUCACAGAAACGCCGUAGCUGCAUAUGUGAAAGGAUCCUGUAACAUUUACUGAAGAUUGAAUAGCUACACUAAAGAAGAGGAGCUGAUCUCUGGCCUUCCAUUCAGUUGCUGAUGCUUUGUCUUCAGAGAUUAAUAACUUAACCAAACAGUGUUAGACAAGCAUGUUCUCUCGUCUUGCCACCGUCGUGUGAUAUGAAAAGCAUGACUAAUUUUUUUUGCUGUCAGUAAGUUACAUCAUGAGCAGUGGAAGCUCCCUUUCUUACUGUAAAUAUCGUGAACAUUAUGUAACUUCACACACACAGGGAAGAAUGUGGCCACACCCCUCCCAGUGAAGCAGCUGAGUCCUUGGAGUGAAUGACACCUGGGUUAGUUUCACUGUCUUCUUGACUGGAUCUGUCACAAGCAACUUUUAAGUCCUACAGCACUUUGCCCUGUUUUCAACAUUGGAGUAGACACUGCAUACCGGAUACCACUGAAUUGCUGUAAAAACAGGAUGACUAGUUUUCGUUUUAGUUCUUCAUAAAAUCGAACCUUUGGUUGACAAAAUUGGCUGUUGGCAUCAGUAUAGAAACCAACUGGCAACUUUCCUUGACGAGCUCUUUGACACAUGGACACCAUUUCAUGUCUACAGCUGUUUGGGGGAUGUUGGGAAAAAAGUGAAGCUUCAAAAUUGAAAAACUAAAUUUCAGAAAUUAAAACAGAACAAAAAUAGCCUUUCUGUUCAGAUGGUUUUCAAACUGAUUAUUAAGAAAGAGAUUAACAAAAUUAUAAUGCAUUUUGGGUGGGAAAUAUUUCAAACUUCUGCCUUAUACUGUACAAUGCAGCUAGAGAAUUAUAGUUCACUAUGGCCAUUCUCUACAUAAACAUUAAAAUGAAAUAUUCCUCAUAAGCCUUUCAUCCUUAGUUUGAUAAUUAGCCAAUAUGCAACUUGGAGUUGAGGAAAUGUCAUUUAUAUUUUAGAUCUCCACCACCACGUUGUUUUCCACCUCCUAGGUAAAUGUUCUGCUAGGAUUCUGCAUCUAGCUCAAUCUUACCUUAAUGCUUUUUGCCCAGAAAGCUGUCUGUCCAUCAUGUAUUGUCCAUGGCAACAAACUUCAUAAAAUUGAACCUUUCUGAAUUUAUGUAUUUAAUAUUAAAAUUUGUUGGACUCUAGAUAUAUUUUUAAAUUUAUAUUUUUUCCAUUUAUGUUCAAGAUUUAAAAAUUUCAUAUCAGAGCAAAAUAUACAUAGGAACAAAGGACUAUUUAAUAGGCUUCCCAAAAAACAGCACUUUCCUGCUUCUCUAUCUAUAGAUGAGAGACUUAGCUGUAAACAGAUUGAGACACUUGUUGAUAAUGUUUUAAAGAAGUUGCUAAGAAGCUCAAUCUAGACAUUAGUUUUGUUUACUUUUCAGUGAUAAAAUUACCAUUUUACAACAUCGUUGUAAAAGUAAUGCUUUUUGUUUAUCUACUGCUAUGUACUUGUCAAAAUGGUUUCCACAUUCUUAUCGUCACAUUUGACCCUUAUAGAGAAGGUACUAAACACAUUUGAGAAAUAAAAAAUAUGAAUUAAAGAGGCUCAGUCACCUAGCCUAAGAUCUCACAAAAGUUAGUGAGAAAGCCAGAACUAGGGCCCAUGCUUCUCAACUCCCAGUUAUUAAGUUAUGCUGCUUCCACACCAGUCAGGAGGAGUCUUUCCAAAAUUACGCUGGGCAUAUCCAGUUAUUAUCAGGCAAUCUUAGGAUUCCCUGUAUAAGUAGGGAAGUAUGUCCAAAUUACUCAUGCCGUGAUUUAAAACCAUUACCUGCUCUCAGUUUUCCUGCAGUGUGCCUCAAAUGUGUUGUAGAGGACAGGAUUCUACAUGCAGUCCAGAGAUAAUGUUACAUGUGGUAGAAAUAUUCCUAACUCAUGAUACUUAGCCACCAGAGAACAUGAUGGAAUGAGUAGGUGGCCUCCUGCCUCUGUUCCCUCUCAGAAUUCUGGAAUUGUUUGCUAGCACCCUAGAGAUGCCACUCUAGAAGUGGAUUAUACUCUCACCAGCCUGUACACUAUUCUACUAAAGUUACCAGUGACAUCCUAAGAAAUUACUGCAUUAAGAAAAUCCUUACUGUGCCCUUCGAAAAGCUGUUCAAAAUUCAAUCUUGAUGAUCUUUCAUCGUGACCUCCACAGUGAAACAAACAUUUUAGUGUGAUAAACUUCAAAAUUCUUAAAAAAGUGAUCCACUUUUAUAUUGGACAUCUCUACCAGAACCCAUUCAUUUUUUUUUUAAGGCAUACAUAUGUUUUCAGGAUCAAGAAUACUGAGCUAGCUUUAAGUAGCAAACUGAUUUAUAUAUGCAAUUAUGGAUGCAUUAAGAUGAAUGAUAGCCUUUACAUACUGAAAACUUUACUGCAGAUACUUUGUUUUAAAAAUAGCUUUGCAUACUAAAUGCAAUUAAUUUUAUAAAAUUAAUUAUGUUAAGCCGUAUGUUCAGACACUUUCUGCCAUGGCCAAAAAGUAUGUAUGAAAGUAUGUGUGUAUUUUCUGUGAAAGGAUGCUAGCGUUUUACCUGAUACUGUAGUGACACUUCAGUUAUCUAUGCAUUCUUUGUAUCUGUGAUUUGGUAAACAGGCAGCCAUGUUCACUAUGCCUUGUAUGUCUUAUCAUUUUUUUAAUUAACCUGUUAAAUACAGCUUAAAAUAUUUUUAUUUUAUUUAUUCUAUUUUUACUGAAAUAUACCGCAUUAUUGUGUUAAUGUAUUAUCUUUACUGGAUAUUAUCUCUCAAUGUAUCCAGGUCUAAGUAAUCUCAGUGAACUAUACAUUGCCUAAAAGGUGGUUUUGUAAUGAUUUGUAGUCACAUUUUUAUUGGAAUAUGUAUAAGAAAAGGCAAAAUACUUAAAAGUUCCUUUUAUUUUUUAAAAGCAGCUAGAUAGACGCAUACUUGCCAACUCACAUAUGUGCUCCUUGGCCGCAUCAAGGGGAAUAGCCAACAUGCCUAUGGCUAAAAAAUUUACUUUGCAAACUUAAAGCACUGCUUGGUGCUUCGUUUUUAUAUCCUUCACAACACAUGUGAGCUCAUCUAAGAGACAGACACAUGUCCUCCUGCCCUUUGUUUACACCUGGAUAUAUGAUCACCCAUAGCUAAUUAGGACCAUUGUUUUUGUUUGUGUCUGUCUUACUGCAUGAAGCGACAUUAGACCCAUUUCCAUUAAAAUAAGCUCUUGGUGAUAAACUGUUGGCACUGCUACUUUUUAAAAAAUUCCACUUUAUGAUUUUAUGACGAACAUUUGUACAAUUCUACAUGAGGUCAUUUACUAGAAGCCCUAAAUCUUUCCUCCUCUUCUUAUAUGACACACACUCAUUUCAUAAGCAUUGCAACAGAAACUCAAGAUUUCGUAAACAAUGUGAGAAACAUUUCCCUAACUGAUAUUAGCACAGCUUAACUAGUAAAAGCAUUAGCUCUGUAGUUUGCCAGGCUCACUUAACCCAAUACACAGCUAACGUGUGUUAUACAGCCAGUAAAAUGAAGUUUAUUUCAGCUUCAGGGAAAAGAUACUGCUCACACUUUAUCAGUGAGAGCACUCCCUGCCAUCCAAAGCAGCUUGUUUAUCCCAAAAGAACAUUUGGUUUUGCUUUCUGCCCCUUUUGCUGUUGACCACUUUUACACAUUUAAAUGUAAUAUGUUAUGAGAAUAAACUUAGCUGCGUAAAA